AUGCUCGCGACCGCGGCACCAACCGCUGGUAAUGAGAGUAUUGGUGAUGCCGGCUUAGCAAACGGUGGUAGCUACAACCAUACUCAGCCUGUGCACAUCGACAAGUCGGAGACCAUCACCCUCGGCCUCAGCCCCAAUGGCAUCAACGUCGGGGACAGCAAGACUCUUUACCAAGACGUCCAGACUGCGAUCAAGCAUAUCUGCCCACCUACAGGCAAACGCUGCGGCAGCAACCAUGCCACAUUCAACGUCUACGUGACCUCCCGCGGUCUGAGCAUCUACACCAACAGCCAUGUUCGCAAGACCAUCACCGUCUCAGUCGAAGAUUCAUGGUACGACGGCCGCUCCGACGUGUACGAGGUCUUGCGUAACACGAUUGCCGCCGCCUUCGAACGAGGGACGUACGAUCCUGGAAAUUGCGUCCCUGCGUUGACAGUAUCUAUUGGGGGGAAAAAGCAGGUGUUUAGAGACUGCACGACCCUGGAUUACGCGGAAGUUAUACUUUCUGGCGGGUACAAGAUGAAGGUUAGAUUUGGGGGACCAAGGAGCCAGUACAAAGACUUGAACUACGACUGCGAGAGAGAGGUCGAUGAUGUGUUUGUCUUUGUGAGGGAUGAUGUACAGUGGAAGGGUACACCUUGGGUGUACUGUAUUGGGUGGGACCUGUGGCCCCGUGAUUAG